UCCCCCACCGCCGCCAUGGCCUCCAUCUCCGCCGCCGCCAAGGCCUCCGCUGCCGCCUUCGCCCACAAGAACGAGCUCGCCGCCGCGGCGCCGGCGCAGCAGCAGCAGCAGCGGAGGGUGAGCGGGCGGAGGGCGCGCUCGGGGAGGGUCCGCGCCGUCGCCACGCCCGCCCGCGCGCCCCGCGCCCCGGCCUCCACUGGCUCGGUGAAGAGCGCCAUGACGAUGACGGAGAAGAUCCUGGCACGGGCGUCGGAGCGCGCGAGCCUGGAGCCCGGGGAGAACGUGUGGGUGGACGUCGACGUGCUGAUGACGCACGACGUGUGCGGCCCGGGCACCAUCGGGAUCUUCAAGAGGGAGUUCGGGGAGGACGCCAAGGUUUGGGACCGCGAGAAGGUCGUCAUCAUCCCGGACCACUACAUCUUCACCAGCGAUGAGCGAGCAAACCGGAAUGUUGAUAUCCUCAGAGACUUCUGUAUGGAGCAGAAAAUUAAGUACUUCUAUGAUAUCAAGGACCUGAGCGAUUUUAAAGCAAAUCCAGACUACAAGGGUGUUUGCCAUGUUGCUCUUGCCCAAGAAGGUCAUUGCCGACCAGGCGAGGUUCUCCUUGGUACUGAUUCUCAUACAUGCAAUGCUGGAGCCUUUGGGCAAUUUGCAACUGGGAUUGGAAACACUGAUGCAGGUUUUGUGAUGGGCACUGGGAAGGCUCUUCUUAAGGUGCCUCCAACUAUCAGGUUUGUGUUAGACGGAGAAAUGCCACCUUAUUUACUUGCGAAGGAUCUGAUUUUGCAAAUCAUUGGUGACAUUUCUGUGUCUGGUGCAACAUACAAAUCCAUGGAGUUUGUUGGUUCAACUGUGGAAAGUCUGAAUAUGGAAGAGAGAAUGACAUUGUGCAACAUGGUUAUUGAAGCUGGUGGCAAGAAUGGUGUCGUACCUGCUGAUCAAACUACAUUUAACUAUCUUGAGGGCAAAACAUCAGUUGAAUAUGAGCCUGUCUAUAGUGAUGCUCAGGCGAGAUUUGUUAGCGACUAUCGGUUUGAUGUAUCCAAAUUGGAGCCAGUUGUUGCCAAGCCACAUUCGCCUGACAACCGUGCUCUAGCAAGAGAGUGCAAAGAUGUCAAGAUUGACCGGGUCUAUAUUGGUUCUUGUACUGGUGGUAAAACUGAGGACUUCUUUGCUGCUGCAAAGGUGUUCUUAGCUUCGGGGAAGAAGGUUAAAGUUCCCACUUUUCUUGUCCCUGCGACGCAAAAGGUGUGGAUGGACAUCUAUAGCAUCCCUGUACCAGGAUCUGGUGGCAAAACUUGCUCACAGAUAUUUGAGGAGGCUGGUUGUGAUACGCCAGCUAGCCCUAGUUGUGGUGCUUGUUUGGGUGGUCCUCGUGAUACGUAUGCACGCAUGAAUGAACCUAUGGUCUGCGUGUCAACGACGAACAGGAAUUUCCCCGGAAGGAUGGGGCACAAGGAAGGGCAGAUCUACCUGGCCUCGCCCUUCACCGCGGCCGCUUCAGCUCUCACCGGAUACGUCACGGACCCCAGGGACUUCUUGAUGUAAAAACCCAAAGGAGUUGGAUUGUUCGACGCAGAUCGAGAGCCGUUGCCUCUUGUACUACUGCUGAACAACUGAUGUUCUCUUGUUCAAGUGUAGUGUAGUUUUGUCCCAUCAAAGGGUAAUAAUAAGUUAUUUUCCUUUCCUUUCAUUUCCAAAUUGUGUACUGGGAUAAUUUGGACGGAUGAUCUUGACUGUGGACAGAGCAGUUUACAGAGUGUAAUAUCAAGAAUAAUAAGCACCAGUAAUGUUAUACAGAAUUUGGUUGCCUUAUUAA